CAAAUGUUUCUGAACACUUUUCUUGUGGUUGUAACAAACCUGGCUGCUGGAUUGCUGGGUAAUUCUUCAUUUCGACGCCAUUUUCAUUUGCUCCUGUCAGGCCUAGUGACUUUUGGACCCGCCUUGAGCCUUUGGGUCUCCCAGUACAGCGUCUUUGCUAAAAAGAGUCAUUUCCUAUACAGAGUUUUCCUGCGCUCAGGCUGGGGCUGGACCUGCAUCUUUGUGGGCUCCUUUGUCUUCGUCCUGUCCUUCUCUGUGCGUCGUUCACUUCUGCUUUCGCUGCGGCACCUUUCUCGCCUAGCUGUGGCAGGUGGGCUGUGGCUGGGCUUUCGCAAAUUGUUUGGCCUGUUGGAGAACGCCACAGGGAGCUGCUAUGAACGUCUUAGUGCCCCUCCAGAGGGUCAGCUGGCCAACGGGGUAGGACAUCCCCUGCUGCUGCUGCGGGAAGGUGAGAGUAAGGCUGCGUGCCUGAACUCUGGCAUGCUGUGGCGUGGGUAUGAGAUCUCAGAAGACACUUUCCUGCUGUGCCUGUGCUGCCUGCUGUUGGCCGAGGAGACAGCUGUGUUUGGGCCUUACCUGACCCUGGGUGGACCAUCAGGGGGCCCUCUGCGACUUCUCUUCCUGUUUUGCGUCCUGCUGCUGGCACUCUGGCUGUUCCUCCUGCUAUGUCUUCUCUCUUACUUCCCCCAGUUUCCCACACAGCUGUUGGGAGGUGCUCUCGGCUGCCUGAGCUGGAGGGCACUGUACCAGGGCUGGUAUCGAUUAAGACCCUGCUGGUAUUGCCCUGGCAGGCCUGGGAUGGGCAUUCUUACCACUCAAGGGAAAAAGGAUGGGGAAAACUCCGGAACACAUGAAAGAGCAUUCAAUUAA